GGAAACAACAAACAACAAAAGACAACUAAACAAGCAACCAAAAUAUCAUGAAGAUCAACAGCACAUCCUUACAAAGUUCAAUGCUUGUCCUUCUCAGCCUUCUUGGCUUGUAUGCAACACCAGCACUAGGCCAGAGAUGGCAGGAGGAGCACCAACAAUUAAAUGUCAACAGGAACAAAUGGAAGAGUCAGAGCAUUCAGAACUAUCAGUAUACGUACCAAAAGCUUGGCCCCAACCCCCAAAAUAUUGCCUAUCCCUGGACUGUGAUUGUCAGGGGUGGAGCCAAUGCAAAUGCUAACGAUGGAAACAACAAUCCUAUCUACUGGGCCACUCCUCCAACCAUGGAUACUUUCUUUGGAAUCAUCCAAGAUGCAAUCAUUAACAAUGCCCAGAGAAUCAGUGUAGGCUACAGCCAGCAGGGAUACCCAACCAACAUUUACAUCCAGAAGAGCAACGGAGAAGUCUAUGAUGUCACAAUAUCAGGCUUCCAAUCCCAGAGACUCCGAAAGAGAAACCUCCAAAAUCAGAGAUGGCAGCAGGAACACCAGCAGUUGAAUGCCAGCAGGAACAAAUGGAAGAGUCAGAACAUUCAGAACUAUGAAUACAAAUAUCAAAAGUUUGGCCCCAACCAUCAAAACAUUGUCUAUCCUUGGACUGUCAUUGUCAGGGGUUUCAAUGCAAAUGCAAAUGAUGGCAAUAACAACCCAAUCUAUUGGGCUUCUCCUCCAACCAUGGAUACUUUCUUUGGGAUCAUCCAAGAUGCAAUCAUUAACAAUGCUCAGAGAAUCACUGUAAGUUACAGUCAGCAGGGAUACCCAACCAAUAUCUACAUCCAGAAGAGCAAUGGGGAAGUCUAUGAUGUUGGUGUCUCUGCCUUUGUCUCCCAGUAA